CAAACAUCCCAAUAUUCAUUGCAGUUUUGCAGACCAAGCCUUAUUCAUAAACACAUUAACCUCUCAAUGUUGCCCAGUAAUUUUUUUAACAUGAACUCCUCUAAGAAAUUACUGAUAAAUAUUUGCACUUGUUCAUGCAUGAAACUGCAUAAUUUUUUCCGGUCCACGUGGCUCCUUACCAUGUAUUUCUACCGCUACAUCUUUCUGCAGAUGAAUGCAUUCUGCACAGAAUUAAUCUACUUCGUAUUUGUCUCGUGUAUCGGAUUCCUCGUGCUCAGAGCACUCAAGGCCAGAAGCGGCGGCCUUAGCAGCUUCGACAUUUUUUUUACCUCUGUUUCGGCUACCACUGUGUCAAGUAUGUCAGUGGUGGAAAUGGAGGUUUUUUCGGAUGCUCAAUUGAUUGUCUUGACAAUUUUGAUGUUCAUCGGAUCCGAAGUCUUUACCUCGAUGAUCGGGCUUCAUUUACGAUGGAUACUUAAACUCGAGGAGGACUUGUCGAAUUUAUCCACUUAUACUCUGAAAAAUAUAGUUGCGGCUGCCUUUGACACGACCUCAUCGGUCUCAGAUUCUUCAAUUAAUAUUCACCCGCUAGUUGAUAUCGACCUCGGUGUCAUGGUCCCGGCUGAAGCUGAAGCUCACGACGAGGAGGAUCAAUUUUAUCCGUCGAAUGAGUCUGCAUCGAUGCAGAGAAAUGGGAAUGAUCACAUUAUUACUAAUAUGUUCACAAGUAGCAGUGCUCUGCCGCUGCAAUCUUCGUCUUCGUCGUCUAGAUAUUUAAAAUACAAGUCAAUUAAAUUUCUUGGAUUCGUGGUCCUCGGGUAUUUACUAGCCCUUCACGUCCUCGGAGUGACCUUAGUGACAAUAUAUUUCAGCGUUUAUUCGAGUGCUAAAGAUGUGCUCAGAAGUAAAGGUCUCAAAGAAUCAACGUUCGUGCUUUUCACCACAGUGUCCACUUUCGCUAGCUGUGGAUUCGUGCCAACGAAUGAAAACAUGGUUGUUUUCGCGAAGAAUUCGGGCCUUCUGUGGAUUCUGAUCCCUCAGGCUCUGUUAGGCAACACUCUGUUUCCCUCUUUCUUGAGGUUUUCGGUAUGGUUGCUUGGGAAGUACGUAAAGAAAGACGAAGCAAAGUACUUGCUUCGCAAGAACAGAGAAAUUGGGUAUUUGCAUUUGCUCCCGGGGCUUCAUUCUUGGCUUCUGGUGCUUACGGUUUUAGGGUUUGUACUAAUUCAGUGGGUGCUGCUUAAUGUGAUGGAGUGGCACAAUGAUGGAGUUACAGGGCUGAGCAUUUAUCAGAAACUGGUGGGGUUUUUGUUUCAGGCUGUGAAUGCUAGGCAUACUGGGGAGACUGUGCUUGAUAUUGCCACAAUUGCCCCGGCCAUCUUGGUUUUGUUCGUCGUCAUGAUGUACCUUCCUCCUUACACUUCAUUCAUGCCGAGAAGAGAAGGCGAUGAAGAAUUGAAAAAGAAGAGAGGGAAAUCGAUAAAAGAGAAUAUAAUAUUCUCGCAACUUACUUAUUUAGUCAUUUUUAUUAUACUCAUUUGCAUAUGUGAGAGGAAGAGCAUGAAGGACGAUCCCGUUAAUUUCAGUGUACUCAACAUCGUGACGGAAGUCAUAAGUGCAUACGGGAAUGUGGGAUUUACGACCGGCUACAGCUGCGAUCGACGGAUAAAAACCGAAGAUUUUUGCGAAAAUAAAUGGUAUGGAUUCUCCGGAAGGUGGAGUACCCAGGGAAAAUUACUUCUCAUUUUUGUUAUGAUUUUUGGUAGGCUUAAGAAGUUCAAUAUGAAUGGAGGUAAAGCUUGGAAGCUCUUGUAAAUAACAAUAGAAAUCUUACUUGUAGUCAGCAAAUUAAUCAAGCCCAGCUCUCUGCAAGACAAGGGUUAUCUAUCAAAAUAUUUAUUCCUGUCAAUAA